AUGGCGACAGCGGCGACUGCAGCGGGCGGAACGGGAUCCGGAGGACCAUCAGCCGGCCAAGCAGGCGCCGGAUCUUCGAUCGGACGGAAGAAAGACGGAGGACCGUCUUCUAAAUAUUGGGAGAGUUCAGAAACGGUGUCUCAACUGGAGACGGUUCGGCUGUGGAUCGGGAAACAUUAUAAAAAGUAUGUCCAAACCGACUCUCCUACGUGCAAAUCUUUGGCUGCGUUGGUGGUACAGUUGCUGCAGUUUCAAGAGGAUGCAUUUGGGCGUAGAGUCAGCAAUCCUGCCCUUACCAAGCUACCAGCUAAGAGCUUUCUGGAUUUCAAACCUGGUGGAGCUCUUUGUCACAUUCUUGGGUCUGCAUACAAGUUCAAGAGUGAGCAGGGCUGGAGGAGGUUUGAUCUACAGAACCCAUCCAGAAUGGACAGAAAUGUGGAGAUGUUUAUGACCAUUGAGAAGACUCUUGUUCAGAACAACAGUUUGACUCGACCUAUUGUGUUCAUCGUGUCCGAUGUGGAGCAAAAACAAGCCACUAAGCUUAAAGACAUCAUCAAGAGGCAUCAGGGAACAAUCACUGAAGAUAAGUCAAAGGCCACCCAUAUUAUCUACCCGUCCCCGGCUCAGCAGGAAGAAGAGGAGUGGCUGCGUCCUGUUAUGCGCAAAGACAAGCAGGUGUUGGUUCACUGGGGUUAUUACCCUGACAGCUAUGACACAUGGGUAUCAACAAGUGAUGUUGAUGCAGAUGUUGAGGAUCCACCAAGCUCUGAGAAACCAUGGCGGGUGCAUGCUAAGUGGGUCAUGGACACAGAUGCCUUCAACGAGUGGAUGAACGAGGAAGAUUAUGAAGUGGAUGAGAACAAGAAGUCCUUGAGUUUCCGGCAGCGGAUCUUCCCAGGGGAAGAAGUGUCUUCCCGUACACCCGAUCGUAAGGACCGCAAGUCUCUGGUUGGUGGCAAGAAGAGGAGACGCUCUCCGUCCCCACCCAGCACCCCUGCGGAAUCUCGCAAGAAGGGCAAGAAAGGUAAUCCUGGACAGUGGAGGCGUCGUGGACAUCAAAAUGAUGACGAGCAGGAUGAAGACCUCACGAAGGACCUGGAAGAUCCCUCCCCUGUGCCAGGAAUGGAGGAGGUUGCAUUGCCAAAAAAUGUCAAUCAGAAAAAAGACAAUGAGAAUACACCAGUGAAAGGGGGAACAGUCACUGAUUUGGAUGACCAGGAAGAUGAUUCGGUAGCAUCUGGUGGCAAGGAGGAUGACGAACAAGGCAAAAUGGAGAUCAAUCGUCUGAUCGACUCUGAGGACAACGUGACUGAGCAAACCCAUCACAUUGUUAUCCCCAGCUAUGCCGCCUGGUUCGACUACAACAGUAUACAUGAAAUUGAAAGACGUGCCCUGCCAGAAUUCUUCAACGGCAAAAACAAAUCUAAGACUCCAGAGAUAUAUCUUGCCUAUCGUAACUUCAUGAUUGACACCUACCGGCUGAAUCCUCAAGAGUACCUGACCUCCACCUCCUGCAGGAGGAACCUCACUGGAGAUGUUUGCGCAGUCAUGAGGGCUCAUGCCUUCCUGGAGCAGUGGGGAUUGGUGAACUACCAGGUUGAUGCAGAGAGUAGACCCCUCCCUAUGGGGCCACCACCAACCCCACAUUUCACUGUGCUAGCUGAUACUCCCUCUGGUUUGGUACCGCUGCACCACCGCCCCCCACAGGUUCCUCCUGCCCAGCAGAUGAUGAAUUUCCCAGAAAAGGGAAAAGAGAAGCCAAUCGACCUGCAGAAUUUUGGUCUUCGUGCAGAUAUAUACUCAAAGAAAAAUCCCAAGGUUAAGGGAGCUGCUGGUGGCAGAGAAUGGACUGAGCAAGAAACUUUGCUUUUGCUGGAGGCUCUGGAGAUGUACAAAGAUGACUGGAAUAAGGUUUCGGAGCACGUGGGCAGCCGCACGCAGGACGAAUGCAUCUUGCACUUCCUGCGGCUGCCAAUAGAAGAUCCAUACCUGGAGAGUUCGGAGGCAUCACUAGGCCCUCUGGCCUACCAACCAAUUCCUUUCAGCCAAUCGGGAAAUCCUGUCAUGAGCACCGUUGCAUUCCUCGCCUCUGUGGUGGACCCGCGUGUGGCAGCAGCUGCUGCCAAAGCAGCUCUAGAGGAGUUCUCACGUGUACGUGAGGAGGUGCCAAUGGAGCUGGUUGAGGCUCACGUGAAGAAGGUCCAGGAGGCAGCACGCAGCACGGGGAAAGUGGACCCCUCGUUUGGUCUUGAGAGCAGUGGUAUUGCUGGCACCGCCCCUGAUGAGCCAGAAAAGACAGAGACAACAGAGACUGAGAAGACUGAAACGGACUCGGACUCCCAGCAGCCCGAAAAGGCGGAGUCGAAAGAUGAAGUCGAGAAACCUAGCGAGUCUGAAGAGAAGCCGGCAGAGGGAGAAAAUGAAAAGAAAGAAACAACAGAAAAGACUGAACCACAGGAUGAGGAAGAGAGUGAUGGGGGAGAAACCAAGACAGCAGAAAAAGACAAAGAGGAGGCCAUGGAGACCACAGAGGAAGGAAAGGAUGAAGAAGACGAGCAGGAGCAGGAGGAAAGAAAGAAGCUGGAGCUGGAUAUCGGAGAGGGCAACAUCGCCACCGCUGCUGCAGCCGCUCUGGCAUCUGCUGCAACCAAAGCAAAGCACUUGGCUGCAGUGGAGGAGAGGAAGAUCAAGUCUCUCGUGGCUCUGCUGGUAGAGACUCAGAUGAAGAAGCUGGAGAUCAAACUCCGACACUUUGAGGAGCUGGAGACCAUCAUGGACCGCGAGAAGGAAGCGCUGGAGCUCCAGAGACAGCAGCUCCUGACCGAGCGACAGGCGUUCCACAUGGAGCAGCUGAAGUAUGCCGAGAUGAAGGCUCGUCAGCAGAUGGAACAGCAGGCGGCCGCAGCAGCGCAGCAGAACGCAGGAGGACAUCACGGACCUCCCCCACACGGCCCACCUACGGGCAUGCACCCAGGACAUCCUGGGCACCCCGGUCCCGGAUAUCCCCCCAUGCACCACCCCAUGGGUCCCCAUCACGGCCCUCAGACAGGACCAAUGGUUGGACCUGGUCAGCCCAUGCCAGGCCGGAUGAUGCCUGGACCUCCUCCAAUCGGCCCCCCACAGGGUGGCAUGCCUCCCAUGAUGGGACCUCGACACCCCGGACCACCCAACGGCAUGUACCUAGGUCCUCCACCUCCUCACCCUGCACAGCCUGAAGGGAUGCCUCCUGUCCCAGUGGGACCUCCUGCAUCUGCACCCACUUCUCGAGCUGCUGAAAAUUAAAAUAUUUCCCCAUCCUCACACACGUACACACACGCAUUCAAUCGAGCAUUCAAAUUUUACUGUUUAAAUCCCAAAUUAAACCAACACACAGACCUGCUGUUAUCUCCCUCUGUCGAUUGCCUUGCUGAUGGGUGGGUCAUCUCUAAAGCUUCCUUUUCCCCAGCUAAGCACUCGCCUCUUAGUUGUUCUCACACGCUCAGGGCGCAAAGUCCAGGAGUGCCGUUGUUUCUGGAUUUCUUGGCUAGUAUUAGCAUUGGAUACUGUUUCUUUCUGUGAUCUCGUAGACCGUUCUGCUGCUAACGCUAACAGGCUCCUGUGUUUGAGGAUGUUGUUGCCGUCUGGCUCCUCCUUGUAAUGUGACUGAUGGAAUAAUAUGUGUAUAUUGUGCUAAUUCAUGUAAGCUAAACCAUCUGAGACCAUCCCUGCUGUGAUUUGGUGGUCUAGCUCCCUCUUUGAGAACACACUGUAGUUACGAGCCGUUCGGCAGUCAUUCUUUCCCACAGGCCUGUGAUGCGCAAAGAACCAGAUCUCGCCACCGCCUCGCGUUUAUGGUGCAGUAUUCAUUUCAACAGGUUCCCAGCGGCUUUCUAGAGCUUCCUUUUAAAUUUGCACCCUCGUCUUGCUAUGAAUCUACCUCGCCGGUCCAAUCGCUUUCCAUGUGUGCACGGUGUGCGUUUAACUGCAUCGCUCAGACUUGCUUUACGGUCCUCGGCUUGUUAACACCGCUCACUCAGUCCCGAGCACUGUAUUUCCCAAAAAGGAAAUAAUGAUUUUAGAGAUGUACCCGCACACACAAACCUUUUUUUGGCUUCAUACGCAGAACGCACCAUAUGGCAAACAUCAUUCGUUGGUGAAAAUGGUAUCACACUGAAAUGGUGGAGGAAGGAACUUCGCUUGUUUUAGGUGUAGAUGGCUCUUUGUGCUCCUCCCUUAGGUGCUAACCGAAUAGCUGCCCUGCCUCGCUCUACCUCUCUCACUUUACUACCUCUUUUCUCUUUCCUUUUCUUUCUACGGCUGUUAUCUCUCUUUUGUGUGUGCCCAUGUGACUGCUGCAUUACUGCUGUGUGGAGGCUGUCGUCCUCUUCCUCCUCAGGUGAACCAAGCCCUUCUUCAUCACGGCCCACCCCGCUACACUACACGUGCCCGCACACACACAUACACGGAUACACAUUUUCCUCUUCCAAAAUAUUCCAGGCUGUAUAUCACAGGAGAUAGGGGUGAUUCCCUGCCCUCCCAUCCCCAAUAUAUAUCUUUUAUUGCUUUUUAUUUUAUGGUAAUGUAUUUUUAAGAAAAUAAAGUUUGUGUAGACUCA